AUGGCCCCAUCCAACCUUCCUCCGAUCUUCAAUGCGACCUCCCAGGACAUUGAGAUGCUCCUUGCAGCUCAAUGCCACCUCGGAUCCAAGAACCUGCAGGUUCACAUGGAACCCUACUUGUGGAAGACUCGCCCGGAUGGAAUCAAUGUUAUCAACAUUGGCAAGACCUGGGAGAAGAUCGUCCUCGCAGCCCGUAUCAUCGCAGCUAUCGACAACCCAGCAGACAUUUGUGUCAUCUCUGCCCGUCCCUACGGUCAGCGUGCUGUCCUGAAGUUCGCCGCACACACCGGUGCCGUUGCUAUUGCUGGUCGUUUCACCCCCGGUAACUUCACCAACUACAUCACUCGAUCCUUCAAGGAACCCCGCCUCAUCAUCGUCACUGAUCCCCGCACCGAUGCCCAAGCUAUCAAGGAGGCUUCUUACGUGAACAUUCCCGUUAUUGCUCUCUGCGACACCGACUCCCCAACCGAAUUCGUCGAUGUAGCUAUCCCAACCAACAACAAGGGUCGUCAUGCUAUCGGCUUGAUUUGGUGGAUGCUGGCUCGCGAGGUCCUCCGCCUCCGUGGCUCCAUUGCUAACCGUGAGACUGAGUGGGAUGUCAUGGUUGACUUGUACUUCUACCGUGAUCCCGAGGCUGAGGAGAACAAGGAGAUGGUCGAUGAGGCUAAGGUUCCUGGUGCUGAUGAGGUUGGCCCAGCUGCUAUUGAGCAGGGCUUUGGUGGAAACGCCGACUGGGAGGUCUCCGGCGCUAGCGCUGGUGGUGCCUUCGCUGCCGCCUCUGCCACUGCUGGCGCAGCGGCAGCAAACUGGGACGCAUCUGCAGCAGCUGGAGAGGAUUGGGCUGCGGCACCUGGAACUACGACCGAGUGGGGUGCGGCCACCACUGGUCCAGCUGAGCAAUGGUAA